AUGUCUUCUGUGGAAAGAAUGGAUACCUCUGAGGUUGAAGUUCCAAACGAUCGUGAAAUCGAAAAAAUCACAGAGGAAGAACAGCAAAAUAGCGCGGCCGCGGUGAGUUAUCCAUUCGUGAAUAAACUCGAACUUUGAUUAUGUCUCAGGCAGGCCAAAAGAGAUCCAGAGAUGAUCAGCCAGGAUCAAGCGCCUCGAGAGCUACCAACCAAGGAGACGACGAGGACUCGAGCGAGCAAAUUGAACCUGCUACCGAAGAGACUGAGGCCGCGGACAGUGUGCCCGACACCGUACCGAAGACACCGAGAAGAGGAGCACGCGCCAGGAAGCCACUCGCUUCGGCUGCUCCGACUGUUGCCGACACUGCCGUUACGCCGGGAAAGCGAGGCAGAAAACGUAAGGGCAGUGAGACGGUCAGCUCGUCCGUUAAUUCGACUUUUAAUGAGCCGAAAACUCCAGGACGCAAAGCAGGUGUGUAGAUUAUAUAAUGACCGCACGACACUUCAUUUCGAGCCCUGUAUUUUCAGCCAAGGUGGCGCUCCUCACCUAUCAGCUGUUUGCUCCGUCGGUUGUUGGCGACCGUGUGCUUUCCUGUGGAGAAGGAGAGGCUCUCGGACACCCAGGUCGUACCACCACAAAGAAACCUCGCAAAGUGGACAUUUUCGAGGAGGAAGACCUGAAGCCGCUUCAAGUUGUCGCUGGAGGUGUUCACUCGGCUGUUCUCACUGAUGACGGCCAAGUGUUCAUGUGCGGAAUCAAUGAGAAGGGAACAGUUCCGGCUGACGGAGUCGAGAUGGAGGGCAGCACUGAUGAGUUCACAAAAGUCUUGUUCUCUGAGGAGCUCACGAAGGAAGGCAAAGUGAGAAUGAAACUGUAUGCAUGAGUUCUAUUUCUCUAAUUUAGAUCGUCAUGCUCGCCGCUGGAGCUAGUUUCACCGCUGCUCUUACCGACCAAGGCACGGUCAUUGCUUGGGGAAAUCUCCGCAACUCCAAUGGAAAUGUUGACGUGCAUCCUUUGCUCCACAAAAUGCAAGAGAAGCCCGUUGUCAUUGUUCAUCAUAACAGAAGAAAGAUUGUUAAAGUAAAGAUUUUAAGUCGCAAGUAUGUAUGAGAGAGCUUUUCAGAUAGCGGCCGGUGAGAAUCACUUGGUUAUGCUCGACGAGAAGGGCUCGAUCCUUACGUUCGGAGAUGGAGAGAUGGGCCAACUGGGACGGAGUAGCCGUACCAAGACUAUCCGCUCCAGUAAUUCAAUUUAUUCCGUUCACGUUUCUUGACUGAGUUUCAGAGUUCAUGUGCGACGAGUCGGGUGAACACUUGGUUGUUUCCCUGAGAUUUAAAAACAAGAAGUUCUACGACGUCAGCGCCAAAAAUGUCUUCGCCAGUGGAUUCUGGACUAUCGUUCACGGAGAAGAUGGAAAGUAUUACGCUUUCGGACUCAACAACUUCGCCCAGCUCGGUUGGUUUCGUGCUUUCUCGCCGUGUUGCAAUCUUCUCUUCUCAGGAAUCAAAGUGGACGAGGCUGAUGUUGGACAAGACGGCCAAGACAAUCGCGAACUUCGUGUUUUCCAUCCAACUGAGGCGCCUGCUUUCGGAACUGACGAGACUUUCGUCCAAAUCGAGGGAGUUCAGCACGUCGUCCUUCUCGAUAGCGAAGGUAUUUUGGCCAGUUUACGGGCUCUACUGUAACUCAAUUUUCUUCUAGGGAAAGUAUUCGCUAUGGGAAAGAACACCGAUAACGCACUCGGACUCGGAAACUGGGCCGGAAAAGACGAUCAGCAACACUGGUUGUACGACAGUCUUCAGAAGCUCGAAUUCGACGACGCAAAGAUCGUAGGAGUCUCAGCGAAGUUGGCGACGUCGAUUGCCUGGACAGAUGACGGAAAAGCAUAUGCUUGGGGAUUCGACACAACCGGACAGCUUGGUCUCGGUUUGAAGGAUGACGAUGAGAAGGUGAGUGCUGUGAGAGUCAAAAAUCAGUGAAUUGAAUCACGAUUUCAGAUGGUCCCGAAGCCAGAAGAGAUCAGCUCCGCCCAUCUCGAAGACUUCUCGAUCAUCGGAGCAUCGAUUUCUGACCAGCACACGCUGAUUCUUGCCAAGAAGAACUAA